CCUGUGCUCGCGGCGUUUACCAACGGCGUAGAGAUUCCUUUUGAGGGUUUGAAAUUCCAUAGGCAUUAUGACUGAAAACAAACCCGUAAACUACCGUGGCAAUGAAGAUGUAGCUGAACACAAGCCUUUCAGAGCAACGAAAAUUUGGAACGAUCUCAUCGCACAUCUUCGAACCCAAGUCGAGCCACGUCGAAGGCGGUGGAAGUUUCAGUAUUACGAGAAUUGUUUUCGUGGUGGAGAUGUUGUUGAAGUACUCCAUUCUUACAUUCAGAGCAAUCCACUAUUAUCUAAAGAAGCCACUCGCUCCCAGGUCAAAUCUUUAUGUCAGAUUUUGGUGGAAAAAAGAGUAAUCGAGUGUGUUUGUGUUGACAGCAGUAAAAGAGACACCUUCGAGGAAAACAACAAAUUGUACAGAUUUUCGUCCGGAGAUGGCCCCCUGGAACACGUAUUUCCUUCCCCCCUUCAACAGAAACAGAAAGUAAAUAGAAGGAGGAGUCUUCUUGGUGAAAAGGAGAGGAAGCCAGCGAGCAGGAGAAAGUCAGUGAGUUUUACACCAAGGGCUCAAAAACGAUUCGCUGAUCUUCUCAUGUCCUCAAAAUCUCCUGAAAUUUUUAACACAAGGACACAUGAAGCACCAAAGAAACGAAGAAGGCUUAGUCUUGACCCUGGUCUUAUGAUGAGGUACAAAAUAAAGAACAAGUCAACCAUGUUCCCUGAUUCAACUGAUCAAGCAGAUUUGACAAGCAAAGUGUGGUUUGAAGUGGCUCUAUCACGACUCCUUAGACUUACCGAUAUUCCUUUCCUUGAGGACAUAUUGACCUUGCCAUUGACAGAUAGGAGAACUGGAUUUCUAGCAAUCCACAAUAGUGUCCAGGAACCUUGUAUUCAUAAUGAUAGCCAAAACAAGGAGAACAUCAGCAAUUCAAAGUCAAGCAAUGUUUGGGUUACAGCUGGCAUGGAGUGCAUUGAGUUGCAAAAAGAAUGUCCUUUAGCACAGCGUGGUGAAGACAGCUAUUCAAAUUUGAGGAACAUUGAUAAAGCACAAAUACACCAGCUUUUAUCAGAAUAUUAUGGAUCACUAGAGGACUCAUUGAUUCCUUCGAACCUAACUGACUUGGUGGAUGGUAUUCUCUCAGUUCUUGUCAAAGACUGGAAAAAGACUGCAAAGUUUCUGCCACUGUUGGUUAUGAUGCUUGGAGAAAGUCAAAGGAAACACCUUAGACAUUUAUUGACUUUUAUUGGAACAACUGAGGGAACAAGCAAUGGAAGGUUUAUUGUGAAGAAGUUCAUGAGUGCUAUCUUACCAAGAGAUGUUAAAGAUAAAGGGUCAGGCCAUAAAUUGGUUUCACUAAUGGUGAGGAAUCAGUGCCACAUGUUCAAAGUACCAUCUGAACUUAAAGAGAAAUUAAAAAGAAAUAUCUUCUUUGCUCAGAGAGAUAUUUGCCCAUCCUUGCCUUCCACUGUUUGUCAACAAAUGUCUCUUGAAGAAUACAGAAUGCAAGCAAAGCAAACAACAGGUGAAGCCUUGAACAAGCUCAUGCUCUUUAUCAUUGAAAACCUACAAAUGAGUGUAAAAGAAAAGGAGGAGCAGCUUAAGCUUUUUCAGAAACACCAUAAUGACUUGUUUUUACAGCAGUUUCCAAAUGGACAGUUGUGAAAAGAAAUAGCUCUUCUAAACUGUUUCCAAAUGGAAGUGUCCAAGUAACAAGUAUAAGGUUUUGCUGUAAUGCUUGGAAUAGAGAAAAAGGCCAAAAUCCCAGAGAUGAAUUGACACAAGUGUCUUAAAAUUCUUGUUACAUGCAGUUGAGCUUGGCCAGUGGAAUAUUUUCACUCCCACUAGGGUCCCACUAGCCAAAGUUUUGGUUGAAUGAUUGAUCACUAUUUAAGUCUUUAAAUUUGUUGGUAAAUUAUAGCUGAAAAAUUCAUUUGAGCAGGAAAAUUAUUCAGGGAGGUAACUUUAAAAUUUGAA